AAUAAAAGCUGUGGACCUAACCGCUUAUCUUCGACUUGUGUCAUUUUUCUACUAUCAUACAUCUUGUCAUCAAAUCCUAAUUGAUCGAAACAUAUCUGUAAUAAAAUAAGAAGAAUACUCUCCAUAUAUAUUUAAAAUAAGUUAUAUGUGUACUUUAAUAUAUUAGGUUAAUUAAGUGCUUAUGAUAGUGCAUAACAAACUUGUAAAUUUGUUUUAAUUUACAUAUGGGAAUUAUUGACGAUGAGUUAUCCGAAAUUAAGAAACUGUGUGAACAGAAAAUUAAAGGUUCACGGCUGGUCUCGUGUGUUCGGUACAUGGUUCGUGUUGAAAUAAAAUGUACAGCUUUCAAAACGAUUGUAUCAUGUAUGCAAUUUACAAAUAAUUAUCCAAAAACGCCAAUUUUGAUUGAGUUGAAGAGUAAAACUCUGUCUGAAAAAUUAUUAAUUGGUUUGACAAGUGUUUGUGAACAUGAAGCCAAGAAAAUUUUGGGUAAACCACAAAUUUUAACUAUAUUAAUAUUUCUUCGAAAUUUUCUUGAUGAGAAUCCGUUGUGUUGCUGCUAUGAUGAAAUAAAUGCCCUCAAAUCUCAACUCUCUGAUCCAAAUGAAGUAAUUAAAUUAAAACAAAGAACAUCACAAGUUGUUAUAAGAAUAACAAAUGGUAAUUAUUUUAAUAAUUUCAAGCUACAGGUUCCAGAUAAAUAUCCAGAUGAGACUGUUUUUAUUGAAAGUGUUGAGACAAAUUUUCCACCAGCAUUUUAUCGUCACAUGUUGCAUCAAGCUAAAGAAAUUGCAAGAAAGUGUGUAGAACCCCCUGCGAGGAAAAAAAGGAAUGAACCAAUAUUUAAAGCAAGUGCUUCUUUGCAAAAAGUAUCUGAAUUUCUAAUAGAUUGCAUUAAACGAUUGCCAUAUGAAAACUGUCAAUACUGCAAUGACAUUUGUUUCACCGUUGAUCCUAAGGACCUGGAAUUAAAUGAAAAUGGUCCAAAGCAUGUUGAGAGAAUAUACUGUAGUCAUUUGUAUCAUAUGCAAUGUUUGAUUAAAUACAUGAAAACACCACCUUUUGGCAAUAAACAAUGUCCCACCUGCAGAUCCCCAAUUUAUCACCAUAAAUGGACACUAAGUGAUAAACUUGCAGAAAAUCGAUGGGCUCAUGAACAGGCAAAAGAAAGAGAAUUAGCAGAGGUUGAAGAUUUCUUUAAUUGAUAUUUGAAUUUAAUAUUUGUUUUUUAAACA